AUAUCACUCGUUGGAAAAUUUAUCCUGUUUUAUGAAUAGAUUGUGCUCCGUUCUGUGACAGGAGUCGAUAAAUACUCGAGUAUAUAUUCUUGAUUGUAGUCUCUAGGCAAAAAGAUUAUAAAACAUCCUAUCCUUCGAGUUGUGUGGACGAAACGUAUUUUAGUAUCGACAUGUUCUACGAAUGUAAAAAUAGAUAUUGCAAAAAUACAGUCUGCUUGACUGCAGAUGUCAAUGUUUAGUAGGAAUAUUGAGCCCAGUUAUAAAUACGAUUCUAAAUCUUGAACGAUAUAAAUAAUUAAUAUUCCUCUGUGACAUAAAGGAUAAUUCAAGAUGCAAAGCAACAUCAUGAAACCUGUAAACAAUGAUGGUGAAGAUCCUUAUCCAAGCCUCUCGGAUUAUCAUGAUUACGAACCAAACUUGGAGUUUGAUGAUACGGAACUACAGGCAACAGCAGACAAUGCAGUGGAAUUGUUAGAAGAAAAAUUGGAGUUGAGCGCAAGUGGUGCAGGCACAGGAUUGGAUUAUUUGGAAAGUCCAGUCAGUGAUGGAACAAUCGAAGAAAACUUUGAAGAAGCUCUAGUAGAUGCUCCAGUUAUCGAAACCGCAGAUGAUCUCGCCGCACUCGACGGAGAACUUGCAGAUGAGGAGGAUUAUUUAGAUAUCGCAAGACUCGGAAUUGUCGAAGUUGUCGGGGAUGACAGUGCCGGGCGUAAAGUUAUUGUUGUGUCCGCUUGUAAGUUACCUCCAAUCGGAAAAGAAGUCUUCAAUCACGCUAAGCUCCUCAGAUAUCUAACACACACGUUAGACACGUUUGUAGAGCAAGACUAUAGUUUAGUAUACUUUCACUAUGGUCUCACUUCAAAAAAUAAACCAUCGUUGUCCUGGUUAUGGCAAGCAUAUAAGGCUUUCGAUAGGAAGUAUAAAAAAAAUUUGAAAGCCCUAUACCUAGUACACCCAACCAACUUUAUCAGGAUCGUAUGGCAAAUUUUCAAGCCAGCCAUCAGUGCAAAAUUCGGUCGGAAGAUGAUGUAUGUUAAUUAUUUGGAGGAAUUGGCACAGUACAUAAAUCUCGACCAGUUGAUUAUUCCUUUACAAGUCUUAGAACAUGACGAGCAGUUGAUGAUUAAAAACAAAAGGUGUGUGCCAACGAGUACAGCACCAACUGCAGUGGUCACACCAAUCGGAACCACACAAUUCGGAGCAAGUCUUCAAUUUAUUAAAGAAAACAAUAACAAUGAUCCAAUACCACCAAUUGUACGACAAUGCGUGGAAUUUCUUGAUACUCCUGAUGCGUUGGAGACAGAAGGUAUAUUCAGAAGAUCCGCUAACGUCGCUGUUGUCAAAGAGCUACAGAGUCGUUGUAAUCAAGGACUGCCUGUAGAUUUUCAAUGCGACCCUCACAUAGCAGCCGUCUUGCUAAAAACGUUCCUGCGCGAGCUAGAAGAGCCGCUUAUGACGUAUGAACUCUAUGAUGAGAUCACACAGUUCCAAUCCUUGUCAAAAGACGAACGUCCACGGAGAGUGAAGAUUUUAGUCCUGGAGAAAUUACCCGAAGACAACUAUCAGCUUUUGAAAUACAUCGUGCAGUUCCUUUCGAGGGUAAUGGACAGGAGUGAUCUGAAUAAGAUGACCUCGAGUAAUCUAGCUGUGGUGUUUGGUCCAAAUCUCGUGAGAGCUCCACCGUCUCAGGGCUUGUCGUUAUCGGCGAUAGGUCCCAUUAAUCAAUUUAUUGAUUUUUUGUUUACUUAUCAGGACAAAAUCUUCAUCAUUUAAGUACAGAGCAUUGUCGGACGAUAGUCAAAGGCCUAAAUGCAAACCAAAUUAUUAGUUUAUAUUUAUUUCAGAAAAAAGAAAACUAUAUAUCACUAUUGGAUUGUUCCGAUCCGAUUAUUAAUGUAUUUAAGAUAAAUUAGCAAGCAACAAUUUAUUAACUAAUCUCGCCCGGGUUUUAAUGGUAAUUAAAUUUAUUCUUUAUUUUGUGCCAAUGCUUGCGUCAAGUAUGAUAUUACGAUUUUUCAUGAUGCAUAAAUCUCAUACUAUUUAUCACUGAGUUGAGAAACUAAGUAAUAUAAUAUUCGCAACAGUCUUAAUACGUUAUACGUCCUGCUGUGCGAUUUUCAUAUCGUUCUUUGACCCAGAUUAACUUCUGUUAGCCAAUGAUUCGAUGCAACGUACAGCAAUAUCGUUUACAGAGUACACGAGGCGAACGGUAAUUGCCUUAUAACAUUUUUAUUAAUGAUAAAACCGUCUCUAAAAAAUAUCUUUGCACAACGGCGAGACUUGCAAAGAAAAAAAAAAAAGAACCUCGCAAAAUCGGAUAUAAAUAUUCACACAAAUAAUUAGUAGAAGCGAUUGCACAAUAUUUAUGAAUCGACUGCGCGAUGGAAGUCGCAAAAGUCAUUCACUAGGGGUCAACUACGAGAAAGUUGGUUUAACGUUACAAGUCAGUCUUUUUGAAUGAGUGUAUAUUUAUACGAAAACGAAAGAGAGUAAAAAAAGAUAUGUAAGAUUGUAUACCAAAGAUAAGUGAAAACGUCAUUCAGUUAACAUAAAACGUGUUAGCGUUACCCACAAGUUAGAUUAAUCUCAAAUUCGAUAUUUUAGUAAUGUAAUUACGUCAUACAGAAUGCCUCCGUGACCACACAGCGCUAGGAUACGAUUUUAUCAUUAAGGAUGAGUAUCGUUUUUCUAUUGAUGUGGUUUGCAUUCAGACUAGAUGAAAAUAUUGUCUGCGUGGCGAGAUAUAGUUUUACAGGCAAUUCUAUGUAAUCAUCAAAAAUUACAUUCCAUGUUAUAUAAGAUUGGCGGAGAAGUUCACUUAGCCAUAUACGUCUAUCUGCCAAUUGACAUAUAGGAAGGAUGUGCUUAGAUCAAAUGAAAUAUGUCAGAUUUCUAGAAAUGUGUGACUGUCAGCAUAUCCUGUAUUAUAAAUAACGUGUAAAUAUUAUCUAAUAAUAGUGUAUAAAAGAAAGAAAAGAAGUAUAGUUUAGAGUACGUAGCAUUAAUUUUUAAAUAAAAAGGAAGUAGAAAUCAGAGAGUGAGGUGCGAAGGAGAUAGGAUGGUGCAUUAAUGUAUACAGACCUAUUGUGGAAUACACGAUGAUGUCUUAUGCUGGCAUAAAGAAUGAUGAUCGAAUCUA